AUGGCCGGCGGCGUCAAGAAACCCGUCAACAUCUUCAAGCUCAAAAACUUGGACGAGCCAAAGGAAGUGUUCAACUGGAGGCUAUGGUUCGCCGUCUUGUCCUUCGGCCUGUUGGGCGCUGCCCGUGGUGUCGACGAAGGACUGAUCAAUGGCGCAUUGAAGAGCAAGAACUUCCAGGACAGCAUCAACUAUGCCUCGUACUCAACGGUUGAGCAAGCGAACAUCAAGGCAAACAUUUCGUCUAUGGUACUGAUUGGGAGUGUCGGGGGGGCAUUAAUAAUAGGGCGAAUCUGGGCUACUCGAAUACUUUGUCUACUUUGGAUCUUGGGCAUCGCCAUCUUCAUGGGUUCGAACGGCAACCUGAGUCUAGUUUACUUUGGUAGAUUUGUUGCAGGACUCGGUGUCGGACAGUCGCCUGUCGUCGGGCCAGUUUAUAUCGCCGAAAUAGCUCCAGCCAGCAUUCGUGGUUUCUGUGUUUGUACCUUUACCGGCUUCGUCUAUCUCGGUAUCGUCCUUGCAUACUUCACCAACUACGGGUGCCAGCUUCAUCUCGCCGAGACGCCAGCCCGUUGGAUGGUUCCUACCAGCCUCCAUAUCAUAUUCGCGGGUCUUAUUUUUCUCCUUACCUUUUUCCAGUACGAAUCGCCCCGGUUCCUAGUCAAGACAGGCAAAAGCGACAAGGCGCUCCACGUCAUGUCCCGUCUGCGCCACUUGCCCCCCGACCACGACUACGUUCGGCACGAAAUCAACGCCAUCACGCUCAGCCACCACGAAGAAAUGGAAGCUUCCAAAGGCGCCGGCUGGCUCGGCAUCCUCAAAGAAACCUUCACCGUGCGCAGCAACCUCUACCGCGUUGGCCUGACUCUCGGUGCCCAGGUUAUGGGUCAAUGGUCCGGCGCCGGCUCCAUCACCAUCUACGCGCCGGACCUGUUCGAACUCCUCGGUCUUACGGGCACUAAAGAGUUGCUUUUGGUAACAGCCGUCUUCGGCAUCGUCAAGCUAGUUGCCGCCAUCGUCUGCGCCCUCUUCCUGGUUGACUUCAUCGGCCGCAAACGCUCUCUCCUCUUGGGAAUAGCCUGUCAAGCCAUCUCGAUGAUUUACAUUGCAGGCUUUUUGUCCGCGACCCCCGAACUCGGCAACGAAGAGGGGUACGUGAUUCCCGCCAACUCGGGAAAAUUACGCGCUUCGCGAGGCGCCAUCGUCAUGAUUUUCCUAUCGGGAAUCGGCUGGGCGCUGGGUUGGAAUAGCAUGCAGUACUUGCUCAGCUCAGAGAUCUUUUGUCUGCGCCUGCGUGCCUUUUGCUCGAGUUUGGCGAUGUGUCUGCACUUUGCCAACCAGUACGGCAGCGCGAGGGCUGUGCCUGACAUGUUGCUCCCCGUGAGAGAGGGCGGAAUUUCGGGACAGGGAACAUUUUGGUUCUUUAGUGCUGUAACGAUAUUGGGCGGAGUAUGGGUAUGGUUCUUCGUACCAGAAACCGCCUCUAGGAGCUUGGAGAGUAUGGAUAGGUUGUUUAGUUUGCCGUGGUGGCAGAUUGGGAGGUAUGGAAACAGGGAGGCGGAGGUGCUCGAUGAGGCGGAGCGGGUCGGAGGGGAGAAGGAGAUGAUGUCCAGGAGCGGGUCGCAUGUGGAGGAGGAGAAGGGAAUGGCGUACGCGGCGGAGAGAAGGGUCUGA